AUUCAAUCGUCCUGUGCAGGGGUAAGUGAGUCUGAGAUGUGUUUUGAGUCUGGCCGUUGUACAUGAUGUGAAGUGACAAGUCUAGUCUGCAGUGUUCAGAAACCCUCAUUCCUCCCUUGACUGGACUCCCCACUUGAACCUCAUAUGACGUAGAAGAAGCCUACCUAUGUCCCCUUCACAUGUUGUGGUCAAUGUGUCAACUGCACGAUCCAGGCCCCUCACCACAUCCUCUGCACUAGUCAGUCGAGCGGAGUCACUGCGUCCUGGCAGAGAAGCUGCACCAUGUCCAUGUCACCCACGGUCGUCAUCCUGGCAUGUCUUGGGUUCUUCUUGGACCAGAGCGUGUGGGCACACGUAGGUGGUCAGGACAAGCCCUUCUGUUCUGCCUGGCCCAGCACUGUGGUGCCUCAAGGAGGACACGUGACUCUUCGGUGUCACUACCGUCGUGGGCUUAACAUCUUCACGCUGUACAAGAAAGAUGGGGUCCCUGUCCCUGAGCUCUACAACAGAAUAUUCUGGAACAGUUUCCUCAUUAGCCCUGUGACCCCAGCACACGCAGGGACCUACAGAUGUCGAGGUUUUCACCCGCACUCCCCCACUGAGUGGUCGGCACCCAGCAAUCCCCUGGUGAUCAUGGUCACAGGUCAGAGGGCUCCUGUCUGGACUUCUCCUUGUCCCACCUCCUGAAUCCGAGAGCUUCUGGUGGGGGUGUCCACCAGAGUCCCAUCAUCCAGGCCCCGACUGUAGUUGGGGUACAGGGGGAUUGAAUACAGGAGAAUGGGUGCUGUGUUGGGAAGAAUAACUGUCCCCACUGAUGGCCACAUUGUAAUCCUUGGAGCCUGUGACUAUUUAUGUUAUAGGGCAGGGGACUGAAGGGGAAGAUGGAGCUCAGGUUGUUGAUGAGUUGACUUUGAGAUGGGGAGAUGG